AGACUCCGACUAUAAGAGGGGUAAUGAGGUGAACGCUCCAAACUCUGAUUUGUGAACUCUCACGACUUCAAUCAAGUUUGAUCUUCAUCUACAUUUGAGCCGCAGUCUGUUUUGCAAUUAGAUUUUCGUGUUCCAAUGAUCAACUAUCGAGUGUUCCUCAGCUUCAGAGGACCAGAUACAUUCAAUAACUUGGCCAGCUACCUCCACUACCGGCUCACAAGUGCGGGGAUUACGACAUUCCUAGACCGCGAAGAGAUCGAGUUCGGCCAAAAUAUCAGUGACGAGUUCAUAAAUGCCAUCCAGAAUUCCGACAUCUGUGUCCCAAUCUUCUCCCUGGACUUUGCUUCCAGCGUAGCUUGCCUGACGGAAGUGGCCAAAAUGGUGGAGUUGCGUAAAGAAAUUCGUCCCAUUUUCUUCUUUGUCGAGCCCAAGAUUGUUAAACACCAGGGGGGAACAUAUGCAACGUCCUUCCAAGAGCAUAAGCGCAAAAACCGUAAUCCCGAGCCAAUCAUCCAAGCGUGGAGGAACGCUCUGAAAGAGAUUGGUGGUAUCAGUGGACCGGAAUUCAAAAAUGCUGCUCUGGAGACUUCUCUAGAGGAUGCUCUGGAAAAGAUUGGUGGUAUAGUAAAGGCUGCUCUGAAAAUAAUUGGUGUUCGAAAGGGACCGGAAAACACGAAGGCUGCUCUGGAGGCUGCUUUGGCAGAGACUGGCGGACCGUUUUACACGGAUCUCUUCGACGGGUUUCAAAAACUGGAUGCUUUCAUUUGCGAUAUUUGGAAACUCUCGAGGGGGAUUGUUGAGGAAGACGUGACUCGAAAUUUAGUUGGAAUAGACAGAGACGUGCCAGAAAUGAUGCGAAAGCUUGGUUUCUAUUAUCAAAAUGGAGUCCCCAAAAGGCUGCCGAUUACUGGGAGGAGGGUGCUUGUAGUGCGGGGUAUGCCCGGUGUUGGCAAGACAACUCUUGCGAAGGUGGUAUUCCACAAAAUCAAGCACUUCUUUCAAGGUUCGAGGGGAGGUUGUAGUUUCCUUGAAGAUGUUCGGCAUGAGUUUGCGCGUGCUGGGGGGUUAUCUCUGCAGAAUAGGUUGAUUCGUGAGCUCAAGGGAGGAGGAUUAUGUCUAGAAGUGAAAUCCUCCACUGAAGGUACCGCAGCGAUACCAAACAUGUUCCACAAAAAAAGAGUUCUCAUUCUGCUAGACGAUGUGGAUGUGGAUGACGAUGACGUCGUGGCUGAGAAGCCAACUUGGUUUGGUGAGGGCAGCGUGAUCAUCCUCACAACCAGAAAAAGACAUGUCAUUGACUUUUACAGGAAUCAGGGUCCAGAACAAAACCAAGAGGUCUACGAAAAUUUGUCAAGUGACAUUACUUGUGCCGUCGAAUAUCUUCCUCUUUCUAUUGAAAUGGCGGGAAGACAUUUGCGUGAGAAGAGCUAUGACCAUUGGAAGGAGACUUUGGCUGCUUUAAGAAGGAGGCCGAAAGAAUGCGUGAGAAUAAUAUUGAAGAAACACCUUGAUAGUCUGAGUGACUACCAGAACGCACGAAAUAUAUUCCUUGAUAUAGCAUGUUUUUUUACUGGGGUUGAGAUGACAAUCCCCCGUUAUAUGUGGACUGCCCUUGAAUGGGAGCCUCGAGAGAACGUUGAUCUCCUUGAAAAUAUGUCUUUACUAAGAAAAGGAGAAGAAAAUGAGUUUUUGAUGCAUAACCAACUAAAAUUGUUGGGAAGACAACUUGUCAUAGAUGAAAAUCCUGAUAAUCCUGAGGGGCGCAGCAGGUUGUGGGAUCACCAAGAUGUCCAAACAAUGUUGCAUCAAAUGCGGUAUUGGCAGGGUACCAACAAGGUUAAAGCUCUUCGUGUAGCCUCCAAUUUUAAUCAAGAUGGUGAUGCACUAUUUGAUCGUCUAUGGAAUCUGAGGUUUCUUGAGUUGGACAAUGUCGACAUUAGCGGAGGUCGUGAGAAUAUUCUUCCGAACCUAAAAUGGCUUGAUUGGUGUGGAUGCAAAAAUAAUGGUCAGUUGUUUGCAUUCGGCAUGGAAGGCCUAGUAAUUCUCAACUUAUCUUCAAGCCCAAUCCAGUUGACCUUGCAACAGUGGCGGCAAUUGAUGCAGAGGGCUCCGAGAUUGGAAGUCUUGAGCCUAAAAGGAUGUACUUGGGCCCAGGCAUCUAUGGAAAUCCCUGCCUCAAGACUUUUAAAGUGCUUGAUCCUCGAAGGUUGUCUGCAUUUAGAGUUAAAUACAGCCAAUUCUAACUUUGAGAAUUUAGUUUCCUUCAACAUGAAGGGUUGCAAAUGGGUUAAUGAUUUGCCGCGAGCACUGAGUUCCAUGACAGCAUUGAAAGAGCUUCUCCUCGAUGGAACUAGCAUUAAAACACUUCAAUUCGAGGAAGGCGCUCUGCCAGUACUUGAAACUCUUAGUGCUCGCGAUUGUGAAGAAUUGCGUGAAGUCACUGAUUCCAUUGGAUUUUUGAAGAAUCUUAAGAAGCUUUUCUUAAGAGGAUGCAAUCAGCUAAACACACUUCCGCAUGUCUUUGGAGAGCUUGGUCAGCUAGAGGAAAUGGACCUGUCGGACACCUUGAUUAGUGAAUUGCCUCCAUGUGUCAAGCAUUGCGAAAGACUUCAAGUGCUGAAGAUGGCUUGUACUUUUGUCGAAGAAUUUCCUGAAGCCAUCGAAGCUCUUAAGGAGCUUAAAGAGUUGGAUUUCACCUGCGCAAGUCUGAAGGGAAUUUGCAACAUUACGAGAUUGUUUUCUUUGAGAAUCUUGAGAUUAAAAGGCACAGAAAUUUCUCGAGUGCUCAUCAGAGAUGCCACGCAAUUUUGUCUCCACAUCCUUGAGUUAGAUCCUGGCGUCGAUGAGUUUAUUUGGAUCGCUCGAAGUGAAGACUAGUGUCUCCAAGCUCAAAAGGAAAAGGCAGACUCGGACCAGUCAAAAGAAGAGUUGUGUCUCCCAGAACACAAAACAAAGGGACGAGGAGUAGUGUCUCUACAAAUACAAGAUCUCUCUUUCUUUGUGGAACAAUUCAUACUUCAAAUUGUUCCAAAGAUGUUUCGAGUUCAAGCUCUUCAGAAACAUACCUAUUGAUGUCAAAGCCAUUGACUUUUGCAUCAGUGUGCGUGAAUGACAUCGAGCUAUCUUUCUAAAGAGCUUGAACUUGAAGCAUCUGUAGAACAUUCGAAGUGCGAGUUAUUCAACAAAGAAAGAGAGGUCUCGCGUUUGGAAAGACGCUACUCUUCACAAUUUACUCCUCGUGUUUGUGAUCUUAAUAUGCUGUACUUUAUGUCAAACUAUGUGAGCAUUUUCGUAUUCACCUGUUCCAUCAUUGUCGCAACUGGUUCUGUUUUCUCUUCCUUUCCGUCACAUGAUUGGCAGGGGUGACUUUAGUAAGUUCUGUUUUUUUUUUUUUUUUCAUGUGUCUCAAUUUAUUGAGUUUGUUGCAUGUAAUUUGUCUUUUU